AUGACCACCCCCACCACGACCAAUGGAUCGUAACUUACCCCACGCCGUUUCUGUGAUAUAAUCACAAACUUAGAAGUGGUCUUAGAUGCUAACAUACUUGUCAGGUACACUUCUGCAUUUGCUCUCUUCGAGGCACUAUGGGAGUCAGGAGUGCGAAAUUGCUUCGUAAAUCUCGGCUCUGACCAUCCCUUUAUCAUCGAGGCCAUCGUUAAGGGGAAGCGAGAGCAACCAGAUAAAUGGCCACGGAUGAUCACCUGUCCCUCAGAGAUCACAGCCAUCUCCAUGGCUCAUAGCUAUGCCCGCAUUACGGAUCUUCCCCAAGCGGUCAUUGUGCAUGUGGAUGUUGGAACGCAAGCCCUUGCACAUGGACUUCAUAACGCCAGUAUUGGUCGUGCCCCGGUCUUGAUCUUUGCCGGCCUCUGCCCCUUUACCGAAGCGGGGGAACUUCAGGGCUCGCGAACCGAGUACAUGCAUUGGCUACAGGAAGCGCCGGAUCAGAAGUCAAUUGUGCGGCAAUACUGUCGCUAUACUGGAGAAAUACGCACAGGAUUGAAUAUCAAACAAACCGUUGCACACGCGCUUCAGUUUGCUCGUAGCACACCAAAAGGCCCUGUGUACCUUGCGAGUGCCUGAGAGACAUUGGCGGAAGUCAUUCAGCCAUACUCUCUCCCACAGGGACAAGAUCAAUGGGUCCCGGUUGGUCCCGGUUCCUUACCCAUGGAUCCGGUCCAUCGGGUAGCGCAUGCUCUCGUCAAUGCUGAACGACCACUCCUUAUCACAGGAUAUUCGGGUCGCGAUACUCGUUGUCCAGAAUUACUGGUUACGCUUGCCGACCUCGUUCCCGGCCUACGUAUCUACGACAGUCUAGGAAGCGACGUCUGCUUCCCAUUCUCGCACCGCGCGUUUGUGGGCUUCUCACUUGCAAUGGACGACUGCACGCGCGAUGCAGAUGUAAUAUUGCUCCUGGAUUGCGAUGUGCCAUGGAUUCCCUCUCGUAACCCGCCCCCGAUCGAUGCCCGCAUCUAUCACAUUGAUAUCGACCCAUUGAAGCAGCAAUUUCCCAUGUCUUUUUUUCCAGCAAAUGACCGCUGGAGAGCGGAUAGCUAUGAGGCGCUGGCCCAAAUCAUAGAAUACAUACGACAAAAUGCCUCGGUUCAAGAGACACUUCAAGACCCAAAAUAUACCGCCAGGUUGGAGAGACUACAAGAAGGCCAUCAAAGUCGUCUUGAUAAGUAUUCUGCGCUUGCUCUUCUUUCUGAUGGAGAGCCUCUAACAGCACACAACGUUGGUAGCCUACUUAAAACGUCACUUCCAACUUCCACAACUUUCGUUGUGGAAGUAGCCUCAAGCAGUAAACCCCUUUCUAACCAGCUGCAAUGUGACCGACCAGGAAGCUGGAUUAACAGUAGCUCGACAGGCAUAGGUUGGAGCAAUGGUGCCGUUCUCGGGGUCGAGAUGGCGAUGGAGGACCUGGCAAAAUCGUGGGAAGAAGUGGGACAAUCAAACAAAUAGGACCUAGUGUGUCAGGUGGUUGGAGAUGGGUGUUACAUGUGCUCGGCGCCAGCGAUUGCUGCUUGGGUAGCACGAAAGUAUGAGAUUUCAGUGCUAACGGUGGUGCUUAAUAACGGAGGUAAGCGAAAGCUCAAUCUACCAAUUAACACCUGAGAGCCUUCUAACCAUUUUAUACCACUAGGCUGGAAAGCACCGCGGAACUCUACCGCGCUUGUCUAUCCUGAUGGCUCGAACAAGGAGGCUACGGAUGAGGAACUCAACAUAUCUUUCAAUCCUUCCCCAGACUACGCUGCUCUGGCUUAAGCUGCCGCCGGUUCGUGGUCUGGUAAGUUGGCGGGAGGAUGGAUGAAAGGUGUGCGUGUGAGCACAGUGAGGGAAUCAAGGAAAGCACUUCAAGAAGCUUGUAAGAGGGUGCAAGGCGGUCAGGGCGUGUUAGUGGAGGUUUUGAUGCAAAAUCGGGAAUGAGAUAUGGUGCUUCUCUCGUAGUUCCUUUGACAAUCAGUUACUAGUAGAUUGCAUUUUCUCCCCUCCUUCUCGAGUUUUACAUUCUAGUAUUGAAGGGCAUAAGCCCUAUACAUAAAACAAGUUAGACAUUAC